CCGAUGCGUGCGACGAUCCACGCAGUACGACGCGGUUUUGAGGUUAAAUCCUGCUGCUCGCCGCGAUACACAUGAAUUAUCGAUUAAGUGUCCGCGGUGUUUGACCGGUCAAAACAACGCGCUGUCUACGAGCUGCACUCUCUCUCUCUCUUUCUCUCUCUUACACACCGAGCCGCGGAUGUGACAAUGGUGAUGAACAGACCACCGGCGUGCCGUCAUAGGUUAAAACCUCGCCGAAUCUCCCUCGGUCGUACGACCGUCGUGCCGCCAGUGAACAACCGCCGCCGUGACACGUUCCACGACACUGAAUGAGCGACGAAGAUGAGUCGACUAUGGAAUUACUUGGUAUUUCAGGCAUGGAUGUCCUACCUGAUGGCGGCCGGAUUGUUGGUCUUCACCAGUGGCUUCCUCCUUAAUCGCGUCGCCAGGCCGGAGCGCGCCGAGUGCGCGCGCUGCACGCCGGAGGCCGGUUGCGACGCGGCCGGGCUUCUCCAAGACACCGGCUACGCCGCCGGGGUGUGUCUGGAGCGCAAGGCGCGGGUCGUGCUGCUGAUUGUCGACGCGCUCAAGUACGAGUUCGCCGAGUGGUACGACGACGACGCCUCCAUGUCCAGCUAUCACCGCAACAAGCUGCCUGUGAUCCGCGAGCUGCUGCAGAAGCAGCCGUCGCACUCGCGUCUCUACAAGUUCGUAGCUGAUCCUCCCACCACGACCAUGCAGCGCCUCAAGGGCCUGACCACGGGCUCGUUGCCCACCUUCAUCGAGGUGGGCUCGAACUUCGCGUCCGGCUACAUCAACGAGGACAAUAUGAUCGAGCAGAACGCCGCCGGCGGCAUCGUCUUCAUGGGCGACGACACGUGGACCAAUCUGUUCCCGGGCAAGUUCAUGAGGCAGUUUCCCUCGCCGUCCUUCAACGUCUGGGACUUGGACAGCGUGGACAAGAACGUGCAGUACCGUAUCUUUUUCGAGAUGAAGAAGAAGGACUGGUCGUUGCUGAUAGCGCACACGCUGGGCGUCGAUCAUUGCGGGCACAAGCACGGCACGCAGCAUCCGGAGAUGUCCAGGAAGCUGAAGGACGCGAACAAGCUCAUCACGGAGAUCGUGGAGUCCCUCGAGAAUGACAUGAUGCUAUUCGUCGUCGGAGACCACGGUAUGACGGAGACGGGGGAUCACGGCGGUGACAGUCCCAGCGAGAUCGAGGCGGCGAUGUUCGUCUACUCGACCACCCCGUUGCUCAAGGGGUUCGCGAUCAACGGCAGCAACAGCGUCAACCAGGUCGACCUGGUCCCCACCUUGUCGUCCAUCCUCGGCACGCCGAUCCCUUUCUCCAACUUGGGCUCCGUGGUACUCGACUGUCUGCCGAGUCAGCCGGCGGAGACGACCGCCGGUCGUUUGCUACAUCCUUUACAGUCGCUCUGGCGAAACAUCGCCCAGACGAAGAGGUACAUAGAGAUAUAUUCGGCGGACGCGAACCUGUUCUCGAAGGAGCAGCUACAGGACUUGGAUCACGUUUACGGUCUGCUGUCGGAGCGCGUGAGGCAGGUGGACAGUCCGGAGAAGCUCGAGGCGUUCGUCCGCGACACCAGGGGCUACUUCAAGCUGCUGAAGGACACGUGUUCCGAGGUGUGGGUCCAAUUCGACUCCGGUCUGAUCUCCAAGGGUCUGCUGCUGAUGUUCUGCUCCCUGUUCUUCUUCUACCUCUUCAUCACCGGCAUCCCCGAGAGCCGUAUGUGCGACAUCUUCAAGUCCUCGUUUCUGCAAUGCGCGGUGAUCGCGAAUUUGAUCACCGUCGCGAUCACCACGUGCCUCUUCCUGCUGGACGUGCUGGAGGAACUGCGGAACAUGACCUUCUUCGCCACCGGCGCGGUCUCCAUCGGCUUCCUCGUGCUGGUGAUCGCGCAGAACUGGGACGUGAUCUCGAUGUGCUGGUACGAACACCGUAGAAUCAAGCUGUUGACCUACGUUUCCAGGAUAAUCCUGCUGCUGACGGUGUGCGGACUCUUCUCCAAUAGCUACAUCGUCGAGGAGGACAAGGUGUUGUCCUUCCUCUUCAUCACGCUUCUCUGCCUGCUGGUGUUCGACCUGAGGAGGAGCGAUUCCGACGGCUGCGCCGAGAGGAAGACCACCAGGUUCGUCGGCUCGAGGCCGUCCAGGCCGAAUUUCCGGACGAUCGUGUUGAUCGUCGGCCUGGUGGCGUGCGUCUCGAUCAGGCUGUCGCAUUACUUCUGGCGUUGCCGGGAGGAGCACCUGAACCGGGCGUGCUCCGUCUCCGCGACCGGCAAGGUCGACUGGUCGACGGUGUCGAACAAUUGGGAGCGCGUCUUACCCGCUGUAGUGAUCCUGGCGCUGUACGUGACGGUGGUGAAGCUCUGGCUGCGAGACCGCGGCAACCUCACCGGCUUCGCCCCCAGCGUCAUGGUGGGCCAGUACUGCUCGGUCCUGAUCGGCGUCUGCAUCAGCUGCUACUGGGUGCUGCAGAAGCUGCCCAAGUUCUACAAGGUGAAGUUCGUCCUGUCCUGGCAGGUGAAGACCUUGCCGAACGUUGUCUACCUCCUCUGCGUGCUCGCGAUCCUCGUACUCUACUAUCGCCCGCUCAGCAUCUACAUGCUGCCGAAGAAGCGGGAGUCCAUCGAGGUGUAUCGUGAGGAGAACUUGGUGCCGCGCUUGUUCGAGAGGAUCAAGGACUCGAUCUCCCGCAAGCGGAUAGACACCGACGACACUCCGGUGAUCUGCGGUAUCGGGACCACUUACAGCGCCGCGUUCAUCUCCCUCAGCGUGUUCCUCACGCUUCUGUAUUCGUUGCUGCUGGGGGACUCGCUCUCGCCCAGCACAUUCCUCAUCUUCGUAACGUGCGCCGCGGUAUUGGGCUUGUCCACGAUCGAGAGAUACAAAAACGCUAACACUAUCUCCGAACUCCUGGACGUGUCCAUGCCCGUGCUGCUCUGCUGGUUUUUAUCGGCGGAAUAUUUCUUCUACGGGACCGGCCACCAGGCGACGUUUCCCACCAUCCACUGGCACGCCGCCUUCGUGGGAACCGGCGGCCACUUCUACGGUCACCUGAUGUCGGCGAUUUUGAUCGGUAUCAACACGUUCGGCUCCCACAUUAUUCUGGGGGCGACAUUGCCGCUGUUGGUGAUCGUGCCAUUCACCCUGCACCUGGUAUUUCCAAAGUUCCUCAAGGCCAAGUUCCUCGAGGACGAUAUGAAAAGAGGCGAGCUACUCUUCCUCUUGUCCGAGCAAGACUCCGCCUUUCAAGCCGCGGUUUUCUCGGUCGCCGGCAAAUACGUGUUGCUUCACGGGAUCCGGACUUUCGGCAGUAUGUUAGCGGCGACUAUACACUGCCGACACCUGAUGGUCUGGAAGAUCUUCGCGCCGAAGUUGAUAUUCGAGGGGCUGGGGUUCCUGGUGACGCUGUGCAGCGUGCUCGCGUCCUUCUACCUGGUCUUUCGCAUCGAGCAACAGAUGGAGUACGUCAUCACGAGGAUCACGAAAGGCAGAUGAUAGUGACUGACACGUCGUUAACGGUGUUAUAGUACAAUCAGAUAGCAAAGUACCAAAGUCGUAAGUCGACACACCUCACUUUUACUGGCUAUCCGAAAGUGGCUCGUUACUUACGAGCGAAUUAUACGCGAGAUUCCGGCGAUCCGAGGUCUAUUACGUAUACAUGUAGAAUACGGAAGAGCGCGGGCAACACACACGAGUCUCUAUACUUACCAAGAUACUGCCAAUAUUUCCACAAUUUUGUAUGAAAGUAUGCCGGGGGGGG